AUGGGAGAUAAGGUGCGAUGGCCGAAAGAGAUGAGAUCAGAUACAAAUAAAAGGAAUCCAGAUUUCUGGUGCGAGUUUCACAAUGACCAUGGCCAUACAAUAGUAGAUUGCAGGCUUUUACAAGGGGAGGUUGAGCAUUUACUAAAGCAUGGAUAUCUUACUUAUCUAUUCAGCGAGAAAGGAAGACAGUCAUACAUGAAAAAUAGGCAAGAACCUCCAAAGCCUCCAUCACCAAAGAGGACAGUUAACGUCAUAACCGGAGGAUAUGAAGUCAAUGGAGUAACAUACACAGCCAUGAAAAAGACAUCAAAAGUCACUGUCACUCAUGGAAAGCGAGUUCGCCAAGUCUUAGAUGGUGAUAGUAUAAUGUUUGAUGAUGAAGAUGCAGACGACUUGAUUGAUCCAGGUAGCUCAGUAAGCAUCAUUUUACUGAGGGUGGUAAGAGAAAUGCAAGCUAAUGACAAGGUUAUACCAAAGGCACUGUCUUUUUCUGGAUUUAAUAAUUCAAGCAUUAAUACGAAAGGAGAAAUUGUAUUGGCCACAUUUGCAGAAGGAGCCAUCAAAAAUACAAAGUUCCAGGUAAUAGACGCCGACAUGGCCUAUAAUAUAAUCUUGGGAAGGCCAUGGAUUCAUGAUAUGGAUUUUGUCCCGUCCACGUUGCAUCAAGUUAUCAGAUUCCCUUCACAAUGGGGAAUCCGACAAAUCCGCGGAGAUCAACAGGCUUCACGGAGCAUUAAUUUGGCGGUGAUUGCAAACACAACAGCCAACAAUGCAGAUGCGAAAUAA